CUGAUCGCACACACGAAUUCUUUGCUCAAGCAGUCGAUUAAAAAUAGGAAAUAAAUAGAGACCAUGUUUUGUGCCUUAUCAACGUUUCUAACGUUUAUUGGCAUCUAUGCCCUGGCCUCUUAUCUCUACGAGCAGCUAAGAACGCCGUACAAAUUGGUAAAAAGUCGGUAUUUUAGCGAUAGUAGACCCACUCUCAAGGAGCGUUAUGGAGAUUGGGCUGCUGUCACGGGAGCCAGCGAUGGAAUUGGCAAGGAGUAUGCCAAGGCUCUGGCCCGCCAGAACAUCAAUGUCGUCCUAAUCGCCAGAAACGAGGAGAAACUCCAGGCGGUGGCUAAGGAAAUCGAAAGCUUUUCCGGUGUACAAAUAAAAAUUGUGAUAGCUGACUUCACAAAGGGCUCGCAGGUCUACGAGCAUAUAGACAAGGAAACCGCCAAUAUACCCAUUUCUAUACUUGUAAACAAUGCUGGAAUCGGUACACCCAUGUCUUUGCUGGAAUGGAGCCAGGAAGCCACCCAGAAAUUAAUCGACACCAAUGUGGUGGCCGUUUCGCAGCUUUCCCGCCUCUUCUUCCAGCGGAUGAAGGCCGCUAAGAUCAAGGGAGCCAUCGUGAAUGUUGGAUCCGGAUCAGAACUCCAGCCCAUGCCGUUUGAUGCCUUAUAUGCCGCCUCGAAGGCCUACACCCGAAGUUUGACCCUGGCUUUGUAUCACGAGGCCAAGCCAUUUGGCAUCCAUGUGCAGCUGAUUUCUCCUAGUUUCGUGGUCACCAAGAUCAACUCGUACUCCGAGGAGAUCAUGAAGGGCGGUCUGUUCAUUCCAUCGGCUGCGGCUUAUGCCCAGAGUGCAGUUGAUCAGCUAAGGGACGAAGUGGAUGAAACCACAGGCUACCUGUGGCACCAAAUCCAAAAUGCAGUGGGUACUGCCUUAACCUGGCGUGUUCGAACCUAUGUCGGCUUUAAACUUUUCUAUAAGGAAAAUUAAGUAGAAGCAAAUUUGUUCCUAAUAUGGACAUUUACAUGAAGAAUUAAAUAACAAGUUUUUAACAGUG